UCCGGUUAUAACUUCAUUGACAGUUGAGUACAGCAACUAGACCUUACUGAAAACUUUGCCAUGAAAACUUCUAAGAUUUCCUGUGCGUUUGUGAUUCUUUUCAUGCUGAUGAAAGGAGCGCUGUUGAUGUCAUGUGGGUUUUUUAACUUUACCGAAAGCCUGAGUAAAGAAGAAAAUAGUUCUAUCAAUAUCAACUACACCAUCAACGUUACGACAAGUCCUGAUGUUACAGACACGUUUAGCGCUGAUUAUACGGUUUGUGAAGGAAACUCUUUGAGAACUACAUGUGUAUUUAUUUACGACAAAGACUUUAGCAGCGAGUUUAAGAAGGAGUUGAGUGGGAGGACAGGAGUCACCUGCUACUGGGAACAACGACACGUGAGCAGCUCUGUGGUGGCUUUAGACAUCUACAUCUCUCAGGUCGUCACCAGGUCACUGAGUGCGAUGAUACUCUCAACUGGCAGAGGUGGGCUACCCAAACCUACCAGACUGAUACGCGUUGAGGUGUUGUACCCACCCAAAGUCAAGAGUCUGACUGUGGAUGGGGGCGAUAAUGUCAUCAUUGAUGAAGGCCAGGUGGUCAAUAUUUCCUGCUUCUUUGAGAAGGGCAAUCCUCCAGGUGUCUUUUAUUUGCUCGAUAAACAUGGAACGAAGCUGAAUUCCUCUAGUUCUGAAGGACGCCUUAGCUCCUCUCUUACUGCCCGGUGUGAAGAUGACUGGCCAGUCGUCAGGUGUGAAGGCAACGGGUCGCAACAGAAUUUGUCCAUGGCAAUACUCGUCAAGUGUCGUCCUCAGUUUGUUGACAAGUCAACAAAAAUUGUUGAUCCUGCUGUUGACACUGUAACCUUUGGUGUCAAGGCUCACACCACAGCAGUCAAAGGAUGUCUCUUGACAUCAGUUUCUAUAAAACAUUACACCGAGAGGGAAGUGAACUGCACUCUCACUGGUCAUCCACCUGACCUCGUCCUGAGUCUUCCGCUUGAGAAGGAAGAGGACAGUUUAUGUGGAAGCUGGACAUUGACUCUCAGCAAUGACUGGGGUUCUUCCAACCCAAUCUUUUUUGCCUUAAAUGGAUCAACGCCAGGGAGAUCGCCAGCUUCAGGGAAAACAAUAAACAUUGAACUCGUGUACGGCAUAGUGGUGACUGUUGUUUUGAUUGCUGUAGUUACUACUUUUGCCAUUAGAAAGUUCAAAGAGAGGAGACAUGCAGAAAGAACUCGGCCUACAGAUGGGAGCAGAUAUCCGUACGAAAAUGUAAGAGGAAACUCACCAAGUAAGUUAUUUUUGUAAACAUAAUAUUUUGAUUAACUUUUUAUUAGUUUUUUAUCAGCUUUAUUUUUUUAAUCGUUUUCACUAUUUUUAAUUAAAAAAUAUAGUGAACAGAAAGGGGUGAACCUAGUUUGAUAGUCUGAGCUAGACUAUCCGAGUCGUCUCAGCUGAAAUCUCUGUUUCCAGCCAACUCCGAUACCAUGUGAUAUGCAAAUGAUGCUCGUGUCCUAGUAUCCGUCAUCCUCAAACGCGUAUGUGUAAUUCAACAACUCUUAAAACAGUGGUUAAGUUCAUUUUUUUAAAUUUAGCUUUUUAUUUUUGUAUUAAUAAAUAAAAGGUAAUCCUUAUUGUAAUAUUUUACUAUAAUUUUCUAUUUUAGCUUGUGAUAUUGAAAAAAAUGAAGUCACCAGCUCCAAUUUGAUUUUCUGACUUAGAUAAAAUUAGGGGGAAGAAAUGGCGGAGAAUCGGUUAUCCGACUUGCUUUAUGCGUCUAAAGUGCGACAGCAGAGGAGUUCAUGUUAAAAUAACUGUCGGUUUUUUUUAACAUUUUAAUGUAAUAAUGUAAGACUUAUGUGCUUCUGAGUUUAAGAAACAGAAGCUAAACUGUCACUGUUUCGCAAGCGCGUUUACUAAGUUUAUCAGUCGCCGCAUGGUAUGAACACCGACAGACAUAUUGGAUGUGUGUACGCGUCCAUGGUAUGAGGAACGAAAUGCACCAACGACAGAAUUCCUUGGUAAGUACAGUCAACUUUCAUGACAUAUAUCUAUUUUAAGCAUGAUUGAAAUUUAGACUUAUUAAUGAAGUUCUGAAUUUAAUUUUUUAAACACAUGUUUUCAUUAAAAAAAUUAACUUAAACGUGUUAAUAAUAAUAAGUAAUAAUUAACUAAUAAACGUGUUAAAUUUCUUGGAACAGAAAUACAUAUAUAGGUUUCCUGUCAGCAUGGUUUCCUUGGUUUACUGGUUGGAUUGCUGUUAGGAAAUGACCUCAACACAAAGCAAUUUAUUGUACAAAGUGAGAGAGACGAUUACGGAGAAGGAAACGAGACAUCCGUGAAACAAAGCUGGAGGGCAGAGUGGCAUAGAGAUCGUACCCCGAGCAAAAUAGAAGCCUGGUCAAUGUAAUCAAACUUUACUUCCAUCACCAACAGAGAGACUACUGUUUGCAAGAAGAAAUCCGGAAAAGUCUGCUUCCUUGAGUUAACAUUCGCUCAGGGGCCUUUGGACAAGGUUCAUGGUGAAGAGGACUGCUUGUAGAACUGUUGGAGAAGCUGGAGACACCAUUCUGUAAUGGGAUGUUGAUGGACUGAUCAACUCAGACCUAGUUAAACAAUCACGAGUUCGCCCGAGCCACUGGAAUAAAAACAAAAUAUUCUAAUAUAUUCUAUAAUUUUCUUGAGGGAAAAGAUUUUCCGAGCCACUGUACAGCCUGUUACAGACGAGCUAUAAGGCAAUGAGAGGUUGAUGCCGAGACCAAUGGUCGUGAUUACUGCUUUGUUGUAAUGAGCAAUUUAUAAAUUGAAAGCAAAUGUCGAAGAGCAUUUCACUGUUUGAGGUCUGACUGUUGAAGAAAUGUUUGUGAAUGGUGAAGGAACUGUUAUAUAAGUGUAAGAUCUGGUACAUGCAAAAGGACAAAUGAAGAUGAUCUGAGUACAGGCCCAUUGUUUUUUAUGUUGAAAGUUUAAUGCUAGAACUAUACCA